UCGUUCGCGAAGGUAGAACGCGCGUGUACCGUGCACUUGGUGUACCGUGUAUAUCGAGGAGACAGAGAAAACAACGAUCACGACACGACUCGAACUCGAACUCGGAGAAGUUGAGUCGACGAACACGAACCGCUCACCGAUUCCAAAGUCCGCCGGUAGGCUCAGUUGUCUCCGAACCCCCGAACAGUUCGGAUGUAGCUGUAAUCUCGGCUUUUUUUCUCCACGGUUGCGACACUUCUCGUCCAUCCAACGUCGACGUUGUGUACCAGUUCUCGCGGUUUAAGGCUCGUGGUCGUGUUUUUUUUUUUCGCGUGUCACGGGCUCGAUCUUGAAACGACGUUCGAUAGAAAUCGAGUGUGCUUCCUCCUCGUUACGCGGACGGAAGAGAGCGAACCGUUUGUUGUCAACGUCGGAUCGCGUGCGCCUGCCAGAAUACUGUAUAACCUGUCGGAAAAGGGUAGAAGUAUCGAAGGUGCAGCGUGAAACAGAUCGAAACCAGAGAAGAGGAACAAGAUCGUCGUCUGAACGAGGGAUCGAACCGUUAACACGUAGCAGCCACGUAGAAUGGUGGCUUCGCAACACGACGGUACCAGAAGUGUUGGCGGCGGAGGCGGCGGAGAUGGCGGCGGCGGCGGUGGUGGCGACGGUACCGUUUACACGGUGACCGUGAGUGGGGUCGGUUACAGGAACGAGGGUUACAAAGACGAUGGGACCGACGGCAUACCACCCGAGCCGCAGAAACCGCCUCAGUUGUCGUCGACGGACGACGACACUCAGUCCAGGAAGUUCAAGCUUUCGCGUGGCGAGAAAUGGAGAAUUUUAAAGAACAUUAGUACCGUCUCUAUAGCUUUUAUGGUGCAGUUUACUGCGUUUCAAGGCACGGCGAAUCUCCAAUCGUCGAUAAACGCUAGUGAUGGUUUGGGUACCGUGUCCUUGUCGGCGAUUUAUGCGGCGCUGGUGCUCUCCUGCAUCUUCGUGCCCACCUUCGUUAUCAAGAGGCUCACCGUUAAAUGGACUCUAUGUGUGUCUAUGCUGUGCUACGCACCGUACAUCGGCUCCCAGUUCUAUCCGAAAUUUUACACCCUGGUGCCAGCCGGCGUCCUCCUGGGCCUCGGCGCGGCGCCCAUGUGGGCAGCAAAGGCCACCUACCUCACGCAAGUGGGUGGCGUCUACGCGAAGCUCACCGACCAACCCGUCGACGCCAUCGUCGUCAGGUUCUUCGGGUUCUUCUUCCUUGCCUGGCAGACCGCCGAACUUUGGGGGAACCUCAUCUCGUCGUUAGUGCUGAGCGAGGGGGAGUUCGGCAGCGGAGGAGGGAACAGCACCACCAAUUACAACAAAAUCAAACUCUGCGGCGCGGACUUCUGCGUCCUUGGGAACGGAGGCCACGACAACUUGGAGCGUCCUCCCGAGUCCGAGAUCUACGAAAUAUCAGCGAUCUACCUAACUUGUGUAAUCGUCGCCGUAAUAAUCGUCGCUCUGUUCGUCGAUCCGCUGUCGAGGUACGGCGAAAAGCAACGACGCGUGGAUAGCCAGGAGCUCAGUGGUAUACAAUUGCUUUCGGCAACUGCUUAUCAGCUGAAGAAACCCUAUCAACAGCUCCUCAUACCGAUCACGGUAUGGAUUGGCAUGGAGCAGGCGUUCAUCGGUGCAGACUUUACACAAGCUUACAUUUCCUGUGCGUUAGGCGUGCACAAAGUCGGCUACGUAAUGAUCUGCUUCGGAGUGGUGAACGCCGCCUGCUCGCUGCUCUUCGGAUCUCUGAUGAAAUUCGUCGGCAGGCAACCGCUGAUGGCGCUGGGCGCCAUCGUACACGCUAGUCUUGUCGUCGUGCUACUCCACUGGAAACCGAACCCCGCGAACCCUUACGUCUUCUACACCGUCUCUGGCCUCUGGGGCGUCGGGGACGCGGUAUGGCAGACGCAAGUUAAUGGUUUGUACGGUACCCUGUUCAGGCGCAACAAGGAGGCCGCAUUCUCGAACUACAGAUUAUGGGAGAGCGCCGGUUUCGUGAUAGCUUACGCGUACAGCACCCAUCUGUGCGCCCGUAUGAAGCUGUUCGUGAUGCUGACAGUGUUGAUCAUCGGCAGCAUUGGAUACAUAAUAGUCGAGCUGUUGCACAGGCGCAAGCAGAAGAGGCUCAAGGCCAUCGCGGAGGAUCCAAAGGCGGCACAGGCGGAGGCAAACCAGGUGGAUGAGACGGACGACGAGAAGGACGACAUCGACGACGAUAUCAUAAUCACCCACCUCUGAGGAAGCACUCGUGGCGCCGACGAGGAAUCUCAUUGGUGUUCUGGGCUCGAUCGACUCUACUCUUUUAUUCUUCCUUAUUGCUUGGACUAUAACGUACGCGCGGGUAACUUUCUACGGCAACGACCACGCGACGAAACGAGAUCUCUUGCCUGGAAAGACCGCGCUACGAAGCGUUAUACUAACAGGAAGCGUAAGGACGAUCACGUCGUGUGUCGAAGAAUAUAUAGAGCAGAAAUUUGAUCAGUGAUACGAUCAGCAUGCGGAAGACGCGUCCAAUCGUCGUUUGCGCACGGCUGUUGACGUGUCGCCGAAACGCGUGAAAAAUUAUACUUUAUCCCUUAGGGUUGCGCUGCCGCGCAUCGUGUCCCUCGGCUUUCCGCGCAACGUUCACGCAACCGAUCACUGUUUAGUACCUAAACGCGCCUCACAAAUCUUUCUCAAACCCUUCGUUGGUCGAAUUGUACGGAUGAUUCUGUUUGUAAAUUCUGCGCUCGAUCGUCUCCGUUUAUUUCUAUUUGUUCGUUACGUUGGACUCUCUCGGUGCCUCGUCCUCGCGGGCAUCGAGAACAAUCGACGACGCGCGUGGAAAGUAUGCAUGUGGGCGCGAGGUCGUCUGUUGAAACGGCGAUACCGUGUGGUGCAUGUUGGGAACGCGACGUUGGGCAAAAUGUAAUUACGAUUAGCGAUGCGAUUAUUCGCGAUUUUUAAUUUAAUCCGACAAUUCUUGUAAUACCUAAAGUAACCACCGUGUAAUCACUCCGUACAACUCUGGUUGGAAACGAAUUGCUUGCCUUCGCAGUGAUGGAAGCGCGUCCCGAUGCCGUAAAUCAUCUGUAUGCCCAACGCAGCCCAAUCGAAUUGUCGUUCGAGGUUAAGCGAAACAGUCGUAAAGCAACGACACUAUACCAGAACAUUAAGAGAAUCCGUUUUCUUUUUGACGUUCGAAUAGAAUCGUACCAGACUGAACGAAAGAAACGAUUCGAGUAUUCGUUAACUCUUUGCGGUGCGAGGUUGAAGUUCUCGGUUAUGUUUUGGGGGCCUUUUGCGUAUAACCAGGGUAAAAUAAAAUAAAAGUGCAAGGAGUGGUCAUCGAACAAAGGUGUAGAUUAAAAACUGUCAUGGCAAGCGGUUACUGACGCUAACCACUGUGCUCGAAUGAAUUUCUUGCGGUGCAAGUUUCAAAUCUCUAUUUAAGUUUCGAAACCUUUCAUGCACAGGAAGGGUAGGAUACAUGAAAGUGGUUACUGAUACUAACCACUGUGCUUGAAUGAACUCUUUAAGUGCUGGUCACCACCAAGCAAAUGUAUGGAUAAAAACAUAAGGAGGGUAGAAUAGAAUGGAAGUAGCGUAAGUGCUGGUCACCAAGCAAAUGGGGAUGAUCGCUUAAAACUAAGCACUCGUGCUGCGAAGGGUUAACACGGGCGUAUCCGUAAGAUAUAAGAUCCCCAAUUGCCACUAUGUGGAAGCGCUUCGUAGCAACUUGCCAUUAAGUUUUAUCGGAAUUGUGUCUGAAUUUGUGAUAAGGAUCGGGAGUUCCGAAAGAACGGUUCGAUAGAGGAGUCCGCCAAUCUUGUGUGUAUAUAUUAUAUAUGGAUAGCAAUUGUAUGUGUGGUGAAAACGGAUGUUCUUUUGACCGCGUGAUUCUGGUUCGUCAAUGUCAGAUCAGGUUUGCGACGGGUCGAUUUCGCGUCCUCCUUUUCAGCGACCACAGGUGCCCAGCGGACCCAAAAGAGAAACCUGGCUAGACCGAGCCUGCUUGAACUGAAUGGUGGACCAAAUUUUAAAUUCUGGAUGAACUGGUGAAAAAGCGGGAAAUUUAUGCGCGUUGUUGCCUGUGUACAGUAGAACCUCGAUAGAUGCAACCGUACAGUUGCGUGAGUACCUCGGUUGUUGCAAUGUAUUAUUAAAAAAUACAUACAUAUUUUAGUAUUAUAAAAACAGCCCAAAAUAAUAAGGAUAAUUACUAUAUAAGAAUUAACGAUUGUGUCGUGUAUCCGGAUAGUAUUUUGUAAUUGCACGAGCCUCGAUACUUGUACGAACUUUUAGCCUCGUUACUUGCAGUUAUCGAGGUUCUAUUGUACUUUCGAAUAUUUACAUUACAUUUACACGAUAUAAGAAAUUGUUUUAACGUAUAUUUUCGCAUGCACCUCAAGAAUGCUCUCGGGACCAACGGCGAAUUGAUAUUACCUUUAAAGCAUAGAAGUGAAAUCGUAGUCGAAGAGCCUCGAUUACAUUUUAGAAAGAAGAUCACGACGUGUUUUAGUAGUUAGACGUAAGGAACAUUGUAGUCGAUAAUUUAAUUCUAAGUAAAUGCAACAAAAUUAAUUUUAUAAAUCACACCUUGUUUCUUAGAUUAUAUAGAGUGAAAGCAGGCGAUAGUUUGCUCUUUGUUAUUGCGAAAAUUCAUUUAAAAAAAAAAAAAAAAUCGGUUUCCAGUAUCGUAGGACCGAGUCACAUCGUUGUGUUAGUGUAUAAGGGGAGUCCCCCAUUCACCACAAGCCCCCUCCCAGAAAAAGGAACGGUAUUCAUCUUGUCCCGAAUGCGUUUGAUCAGUAUUUGUCAUCCCCAAUCGAAUUGUAUUAUGCGUUAGUUUUUACGAUUCCUCGACGAUUAUGUAUGAUGAACAUACUGACAUAUUCUAACAGCGUUUCUAUACCCCCACCACUCACCCCCUCAGCAAUAUGUAUUCCGUCCAUCAAUCGAUAAGAUUGCUCAAGAAUCUUAACCGUAAGAUAGGAGUACUGAAUAAAAAAAAAACAUGUGUCGC